CAAAUUAAAUCAAAUUUACAGGAUUUCAGCAGCAGGUCGCCGAACCGCGGUGGAAAUGUCCCUCCUGCCCUCCGUAGUUUCCAAAGCCCCUCCAGCAGAUUUCCUCCCAGUUCUCAGAUGUCACCGCUCAGGGGCUCACGUUGCCUCCCUCCUCUUCCUCCUCCUCUUCCUCCUCCUCCUCCUCGAAAACGGGAUGUGAUGUAAAUACACAGAAACUUUUUCUCGGUGUCUUUGAGGUGAAAUCUUCCUGAACUCUGCUGCGGUGGGACCAGAACCGGGACUAGCUGCGGUGGGACCAGAACCGGGACUAAGCUGCGGUGGGACCAGAACCGGGACUAGCUGCGGUGGGACCAGAACCGGGACUAAGCUGGAGCACUGAUCCAUCCGGGUAGUUUUCUCCACCAUGAUCCUGUGACUUCUCCGUCCUUCGUCCGCCUCCGACAACCAGCCCGGGCCGCGGGACCCAAGUCUGAGGAAAACGGGUCGAACCGGGGAGACGGUUCUGCUGCCGCAGCUGUGAUCCGGAGGGAACAGAGAUGUAGCAUGUGUAUAGGUGUGAUUGGCGGACCAUCAUGCACCUCUUCUUGCUGCUGAUCCUUCAAGCUACAGCAGCCAUUGGACAGAUCGACCCAGGACAUUGCCGCUUUCCUUUGGGCAUGGAGGAUCGGCGGAUUAAAGAUGAUGCCAUCACAGCAUCCAGUCAAUGGUACGAGACCACCGGACCGCAGUACGCCAGGUUGAAUCGUGAAGAAGGAGACGGAGCCUGGUGUCCUAAAGGAGAAGUGGAGCCUACAAACAGCCAGUACCUGCAGGUAGACUUGGGCAAGCUCACCUUCCUGACCUUGGUUGGAACUCAGGGACGAUAUGCCAGAGGUUUGGGAAAAGAGUUUGCCCGGGAAUACCAACUCAACUACAGCAGAGACGGAAGGCUGUGGAAAUCCUGGAAGAAUUGGCAGGGAAACGCGGUGAUAGAGGGCAACAAAAACACCUACGCCUCCGUCCACAGUGAUCUUCAUCCUCCCGUCAUCGCCCGCUACGUCCGCCUGAUCCCGGUCACCAAACUGUCCACGACUGUGUGCAUGAGGGUGGAGCUGUACGGCUGUUCCUGGGAUGACGGUCUGGUCUCCUACAGCGCUCCAGAGGGUCAGCUCAUGUCGUCUCCGGGUUAUCUCACCGUCAACCUCAACGACUCCACGUAUGACGGCGUUCAUGAAAGAAGGAAGCUGUUUGGCGGCUUGGGUCAGCUGACCAACGGCGUGAUCGGCCGGGACGACUUCCUGGUACCACGUGAAUACCACAUGAGGCCAGGAUACGACUACCUGGGGUGGAGGAAUGACUCGCUGGGAACUCAGGGACACGUAGAGAUGGAGUUUGUGUUCGACAGACAGAGGAACUUCACCUCCAUGAAGGUCCACAGCAACAACAUGUUCUCCCGCAGCGUGAAGAUCUUCUCGUCUGUUUCCUGUUGGUUUAAGCCCCGCCUCUCUUUGGGAUGGGAGGCGGAGCCAGAGACAUUCAAGACGGUGUUGGACGACAAAAAUCCGAGUGCCCGCUAUGUCACCGUACCUUUAAACCGUCGCACCGCCAAAUCCCUCCGCUGCCGGUUUUACUUCGCUGACGUCUGGAUGAUGUUCAGCGAGAUUUCCUUUCAGUCAGAGGACACCAUACUGCCAACACCUACCAUUGUCAUGAUGAUGGGAACUUCUACUCCAGGAGACAGCACCGUCACAACCACACCAAAGACAGCUACUCCAUCAGUCAGCAGCCCACCAGUGGAGGGGAACACGCCUGUCCUGAUUGGCUGCCUGGUGACCAUCAUCCUUCUUUUGGUCAUCAUCAUUUUCCUCAUCCUGUGGUGCCAGUGUGUCUGCAAGGUGCUGGAGAAGGCUCCACGUCGGAUCCUCGAGGAGGAGGUGACGGUUCGGCUGUCAUCCUGUAGCGACACCAUCACCCUUCAGACCCCCCCUGUGCCCCCCCGCUCAGGACUUGCUUCUACAGGCCCGGUCAACACUGACCCUCACUAUGAGAGGGUUUUCCUGCUGGACCCUCAGUACCAGAACCCGGCGGUGCUGAGGAACAAGCUGCCGGAGCUGUCGCAGAGCGCCGAGGCUUCAGCUCUCCUCCUCGGCAACCCUCUCUAUGACCUCCUCCUGCUGACUUCCUGUCACAUGACGUCAGGCUGGCUGCGUGCAUGUGGGGGAGGAUAUGCGGAGCCAGAUGUCACCCAGUGCACCCCGCACCAGUGUUUCCAUAGCAACGCGCCGCACUACGCGGAGACGGACAUCGUGCGGCUGCAGGGCGUCACCGGCAGCAACAUGUACGCCGUGCCCGCCCUCACCGUGGACUCGCUCACCAGGAAGGACAUCUCCGCUGCAGAGUUUCCACGGCAACAGCUGACCUUCAGGGAGAAGCUGGGCGAGGGGCAGUUCGGAGAGGUGCACCUGUGUGAGGCAGCAGGACUCCCAGAAUUCCUCGGGGAGGGGUCCCCGCUCCCUGACAGGGACGGCUGCUCGGUGCUGGUGGCUGUUAAACAGCUGAGGGCCGACGCCACCAGUCAGGCCAGGAACGACUUCCUGAAGGAGAUAAAGAUCAUGUCUCGUCUGGACGACCCCAACAUCAUCCGGCUGCUGUGCGUGUGCGUGUCGUCCGAUCCGCUCUGCAUGGUGACGGAGUACAUGGAGAACGGAGACCUCAACAUGUUCCUGUCGCAGCGAGAGAUCGAGAGCACGCUGACACACGCCAACAACAUCCCAUCAGUCAGCCUCUCCGACCUCCUCCACAUGGCGGUGCAGAUAUCGUCUGGGAUGAAGUAUUUGGCGUCUCUGAACUUCGUGCACCGUGACCUGGCCACCAGGAACUGCCUGGUGGACCGCCGUCUCACCAUCAAGAUCGCCGACUUCGGGAUGAGCAGGAACUUGUACAGUAGCGACUACUACCGCAUCCAGGGCCGGGCGGUGCUGCCGAUUCGGUGGAUGGCCUGGGAGAGCAUCCUGUUGGGUAAGUUCACCACGGCCAGUGAUGUGUGGGCGUUCGGGGUCACCCUGUGGGAGAUCUUCACCCUGUGUAAGGAGCAGCCCUACAGCCUGCUGUCCGACGAACAGGUCAUAGAGAACACUGGCGAGUUCUUCAGGAACCAGGGCAGACAGAUCUUCCUCUACGCCCCCCCGCUCUGCCCACCCUCUCUCUUCGAGCUGAUGAUGCGUUGCUGGAGUCGCAACAUCUCGGACCGGCCCACCUUCGAGGGACUUUACCAAGCCCUUAGGCCCCACGUCAACCAGUGAGGGGGGGCCGUUCGGUGACAGACUGCCUGAAAUACACUGCAGGAGCUGCCGGGGGGGCCGGUGGAGCUGAGGUCGGAGGGUCGGGAUGUUUGUGGUGUCUGAAAUGUGCCAGAUCCAAACCGCUGAGUCUGCAGUGAUUUUACAGCUUUUUUAAGUCUAAAUGUUCAUGUCAGAACUUUGAACUUUACUUCUUUUUAUUGGGGGAGGCGGACUUUUUUGGAAACCAAAAAAGUGGCCGAAUGUUUCAGUGUUGGUAGUUUUUUGUGUCCCUGUGGUUUUUCUUCUUAUUAUAAAGCACUGUGUCUGUCUCUCAGUUACUCACCUUUUUGUUUUUAAAUAUUAACCCACACUGGAGCUAGAGUCAGCGAGUACUAUGGGCUCAGAGUUUUACAUUUUUACUGGUGUCGAGCUGUUUGCUCUUUGGAUGUUUUUGUGGAUGUGAAUGUUGUUCAGCUGCGUUGAAACCUGUGUGGCUCACAGACUGGAAAUCAGUCAGGAGCCGUAAGAAAGGAGGAAAAACCCAAACCACGUAUGGGAAAACUCAGCUGUGCCAUUUUUACUGCAAAACAAAAUCAAAGGGCGUCCACAGAAACCAUAGAGUGAAAUGAUAGAAAUUCAUCUUUAUUAGAAACGUGGUUUCCAUGGCAACGUGGGGGCCAAUGGUGGAGGGGAUUAAACCAGUGUCUGUGCUGGGACCUGGAAGUCUGGAUGGUUUAUCUCCGUUAGCUCUACAUAUCUAAUGUUUGGACACAACGAUGAUUUAAGGCAACAGCAGCUGGAUUUCCGUUCAGACUCAAAUCUGAAGAAAUUCUUGAAAAAGCUGCAAAUAUUGAGUUGAGAUGUGUUUCUGUUUACUGGGGUGAGGGGAAGCCAGUCUGUGUGGGGUCAGCAGAGGGUGCGGUAAAGACUGCAGUGAAGCAGUUCUGACUAGAAACAAACCUCACGAAGUAACACAGAGAAAACAGCUGUGGUGGUCAUCCACUAGAGCUACUGUCCUGCAGGGUUUAGACGUUUCCCUUCUGUAACAUUUAAAUAAAAAAGUUCUGCACAAGCCGGUUAAUGAGCGAACUGAUUUGAGUAGAAACAUCUAAAACCUGCAGGACAGUAGCUCAUGUGGAACGGCGUUGGAGAUGCCCGCACUAAAGGAAACUGGAAAGAGCUCUACAGGAGUUUUAGGCCAUGAUGAGACUUUUAUUUAGUCAUUAAUAAUGAUGAUAAAAACAGCUACUAAGCAAAAAACCAUUUUAUUAGCAUUAAUUAAUGCUAUUUAGUCAGGUGACAGAAUCAAAUUUGCUACGUAGGUCAGAGAAGCUGGUGAGCUUUAAUACCUCUGAGUUGUGACUUGGUUUAUAAUUCAUUAGUUCAGAUCUGUUCAGAUUUCCUAUCGCUCUAAAUUACAUGCAAAGAAAAACUGAAACUUUUAUGUCUCUAAUGUCAAACUCAAACCGUGGCCGUGACAAACACAUGUAGACAUAAAGCAUAUAUGUUCUCAGCCUCAGGUGGUCCUGCAACUUUUUUCGAGACGUUUCAGUAACUAGAGGUUUGGUCCAUGUUCGAUCUUUUAAAACCAAAGUAUGUCUAGUAGAGCCCGACUGAUAUGGAUUUUUGGAGGCCGAUACCAUUUCUGAUAACCGAUUAUUCAGCCGAUUAAUUUAAAAGAUAUGUAUGAAUAAAAUCAUUUCUAUUUAAUCUAUUUUAAAUUAGCAUUGUGAAUUUUCUUUAUACAGCUACCAGUUGAACUGAUGAAUUUAUCUUUAGAUUUAGAGCAGAAGCUAAAUAUUUGCUAAAUAUAAACAUUAUAAUGAGUGACGUUACUGGUAGAACAUUAUUCAUGCAGCCCUCUGAUGCCCUUUAACGUUAAAUCACAUUUUCUCUACUCCAUUAUUUUCUUUGCCAUGAAGCCAUGACUCAUAUGAACCAAAAUAAAAACCAGAGACUUUUCUCAGUUAAAACAUGUUAUCCUUAAACAUAAAAUGGACCCAGAGAGUCUGGAACUCGUGUUUCUCCACAACAACACAGCUGCCGCUACAGCCUGAGUCACGUUCUAAGAUAUUCUGACAAAGUAAAACUAGGAGGGACGUCGUGACGGCGGAGAGUUCAUCAUUUUAACUUUUUCCCUCCUGUGUUCACAUCGCUCUUUAAACAGUGCACGUUUGUUCUGUACUCAUAUUUUGUUUACAUUACAUUUUUUCUUUAGUUACUUACUGGCUUUUAAGUCAUUAGCGAAUGCUGUGCUAGCAUGGCAUAACCACAGUGAUGUUAUUGCUAACCCUAAACAGACAGGGAGUAGCUAAAGCUAGGUUAGCACAACUUUAGCAAUGCAACGUAAACAAAGAGCAUGACCGGCGCUACGAAGCACGGGUCGCUAUCAUGACACACGGCAAACAGAGUUAACCUGGAACUAAAGACACGCCUAGUCAUUCUUAAUUUCGUUAUAAACACACCUGUCGUCAAGCUCCACUCUGCCCACCCCUGUAGUUCUGCCUGGCUGUAGCUAUAGCUGUAGCUACUGACAGUGAUGAGGACUGAAGACUGAAUUGAGUCAGAGCUCCAUCUAGUGGACAAAUGGCACAACAACAUCUUUCUGCACAACUCCGAACGUUGACAUUUACCUUUUUAUGAGAAAUUAAAAAUAUAUUGGCAUUUAAUCGGCAAAACGCCAGCCUAUCAUGGUUGUUGUGAAGUGGGCUAUAAUCAGCCGAUCCAUCGGUCGGGCUCUAAUCUCUAGACAACGAUACGUCAUCAUGUUAAGCGUCUGUUACAGCUUCACGUUCGGAACUUUCUCCAUCCAUUUUCACAACUCGUCAUCUCCAAUAACACAACUGCUCUGCUUCAUGUUUAGUGGUGCAGCAGUGAAAAAGGUCCCCCUCAGUUUCCUGCUGCAUGCAUGUUUAGUGGUGCAGCGGGGAAAAUGGCCCCCCCCCCUCAAACAAUUUCCUGCAUGCAUGUAAGUGGUAUGGCAGUGAAAAGGUCCCUUUCAAACACCUUCCUGCUUCAUGUUCAGUGGUACAGCACUGAAAAAGGCCCCCCUCAAACAGUUCCUGUUAUACCACUCUACCAAUGUUGUUUGGACUGUAAAAACCUAAAAACCAGUUUUUGGUAUGACCCAGUAUUCUGCUUUCACUUUCACCACUGAAGAAACUGAGUGUUUGUCCCACAGGAUGAUUUUCUUCUCCAGAGGCCUUCUAAAGAGCUGCUUCACGUUCUUAUCUUUGGGGAGUCCAGAACAGUCAGAGAUGAAACGUGGCAUCAACCUUUUAGCAACAAUAAUUGUGUCCAGCUCGUGUUGCGUUUGAGUCGGUCAGUAAAUCUCAGUGUUUUAGAAGUUCUUUAAGUUCAUUCUUUUAGCAAAAAAAAAAAAAAAAAGAAAAACAGAAAAGAAAGAAAUGUAAACUGGCACCAGCAGAAGACCAAAUGAUCUUCAGUGUUUUGUUAUCUGUACUGUAUCUUACACUUCUCUGAGUGUUUGUGUGAGUGUGUGUUUUAGAGAAAACUACGUUAUGAAUUAUAGUUGUCAACAUUCCUUGGAAUGCACCGGGAGCUAGUUGGGACUGAUGUGGUUAACUGGAGAUGCUCUGCCAGAUUAUGAUAAACAGAGAGGAAGCAAGCAGAAGGAAACCACUAAACUCAAUCUCCCAGAGUCCUUUGCUACAGUGAGCCUGUGUGUUUUUGUUCUGGUUCCUUCAGAGACGUCUUUAAGUUUGGUGUUGUGUCAUACAGCCGUGUGUGAAUGCAGAGGAGGUGUGCUUAUUGUUAUUAUUAACUGAUUAUCUAUGGGAAUUUCUUGUAGCAGUUUCUGGUUAUUUUAAUGUUGGAAGGUGUCUUUGUUUCAGCAGAUGAGGGCAUCUUGUCAGGAGUUUGUGUUCCUGCUGCGUUGCUCCGUUUCUCCUCCACACUGUUUGUUUCAGAUCUGUUCUGUACAGAGGCUAGUGGCUGUCUAUAUUAAUAUAUUGGGGGUUUCUCUUAUUCGAAGUCAUUUUUACUCUGUAACCUUAUUAUUUUUUAAUUGCUCUUCUCAUAAUAAACAAUAAAAGUUGCCAAAACAAACA